AACGCAUAAUGCUCAAUGAGAAGCGUUUUUAUUAUUCAAGUCUGGGCAGAAAUCCCCUCUCUGGCUCUGCUGUGUGUUUGCGAAGUUAUUCUAGUUGUCAGUUUGGUGGAAAUCCCCCACCUAUGUGUUAACUCCGCCCGCUCUGCAGCCAGAUACACGCAGAGGGCAUUUACAGGCUGCAGCGCACACACGCUUAACCACAGUACAACUAGGACUGCCAGAACCAACAUGGACCUUCACCGGGCCAGUAUAUUAAACCAAAUGGAUUACAAUCGGGAGUCUAAAGAAGGGAAAGCGGCCCAGUCGACGGAGGAGCGGCUCGACAGCGGCGUGGACUCGCUGAAGGAGGAAGAGUACCAGGCUGUGGCGGAGGAGCUCCAUCGGCUCCAGCUGGAGAGUGAGCGCCAGCAGGCCGCGGCUCGGACCGAAGAGCCGCUGCAGGAGUGGCAGACGCAGACUACAGACGAGGGAGACACGCUGCUCCACCUGGCCAUCAUCCACGAAGCAAAGGACUACAUCAAACAAAUGAUUGACCUUUCAAAGAACACACCUUUCCUCAAUGCACAGAAUGACCUGAGACAGACUCCUCUCCACUUAGCAGUGAUAACAAACCAGCCGAACGUCUGCUCCAGUCUCCUCGCGUCCGGCUGCGACCCCACGCUGGUGGACAACAGCGGCGACACGCCUCUUCACAUCGCCUGUCGCCACGGUAACCUGUACUGCUUCAGCGUCAUCACGCAGAACUGCAGGCUGGAGCACCUGCACACGGCGAUGGCCGCCUGCAACUACAACGGUCAGAACUGCCUCCACCUGGCUUCAGUUCACGGUUUCCUCUCACUGGUGGAGAAAAUGGUUGACCUCGGAGCGGACAUCAACGCUAAAGAGCAGCACAACGGCCGCAGCUCGCUGCAUCUUGCCGUGGACCAGCAGAACCUCGCUCUGGUCAAACUCCUCCUGAGGAAAGGAGCAAACCCCAACCUCCUGUCGUCCGGGGGACACACUCCCUUCCACCUCACCUACGGUUUGGACAACUGCGACAUCCAGAAAGAGCUGUUCCCGGUGACCCAUCCGGACCUGAGGGAUCUCUCUGAAUCAGAAAACAGCGGAGAGGAGUCGUCGUCGGAGGAGUCGGACGAAGAGGGAAUGUACGACGACAUUCAGUGGAACGGACAUUAGCAGAAAAAAAAAAGGAAGUUGCAGAACAGCCCAAGAUGAUUACGAUAAGAAUGAAGGCGGCACAGCUCGGCACAUGUCUGAUUUAUUUGUAAUAUCAUGCUGGGAAGAUAGCAGCGAGUCAACGCGGCUGCUGCCGAACCGGCCCAGGCUUGCAGCUCCUGAUAUAAAACGGGACACUGACCGCUGCAGGAGAGCGAAACGCACACAUUGUAACGGGACUGCUGUGUGAGAGGAUCCCCUGAAGACCCUGUUCCAGCUCUGUUGUAUGAUACUGUAAAUGCUGUGUAUAUGAAGAUGUAUUUUUUAUGGAAGCUGUGAAUGUGUACAGUUUAGCAGGUUGUAUAUGUGAGAUGGCAAACAGUUCCAGCGCACUCCAGUUAAAUUAAAACACUCAUAUUUAACACCUCA